UGUUGGGGACCAUAGAGUGAAUCUCAUAACAGGAAGCUAGGGCAGAGGAGACAGAAUACUGCAGAGGUUUCUUUGUUGUUGGGUUUUUCUUUCUUUCUUUCCAUGAGGCUAAUAUAAAUAUAAGAGUUACAAGCUUCUUUGCUGAGGAACCUGAACAACUGCAGCAGAAGGAGCCUGAUCAUCUAUAAGUAUAUGGAUGUAUAUUAUGCUAUGAUUUGUAAUUCUCUUUUUAUCAGCACUUUUUUAUGUGUGAGGCUAAACGGUAAUUAAGAAGUGCAGGAUGAAAAGAUGGCACAAUCAGUGCUGGUACCACCAGGACCUGACAGCUUCCACUAUUUCACAAGAGAGUCACUUGCAGCUAUCGAACAACGUAUUGCUGAAGAAAAAGCUAAGAAGUCUAAAAAAGAACGUAAAGAUGAUGAUGAUGAAAAUGGACCAAAACCAAAUAGUGAUCUGGAGGCAGGAAAGACACUGCCAUUUAUUUACGGCGACAUACCUCCAGGAAUGGUGUCCGAGCCCUUGGAGGAUCUGGACCCAUAUUAUAUCAAUAAAAAAACUUUUAUAGUAUUGAAUAGAGGGAAGGCAAUCUUCCGAUUCAGUGCUGCCUCUGCCGUGUACAUGUUAACUCCCUUCAAUCCUCUUAGAAAAAUAGCUAUUAAAAUUUUGGUACAUUCAUUGUUCAGCAUGCUUAUUAUGUGCACUAUUUUGACCAACUGUGUAUUUAUGACCAUGAGUAACCCUCCGGAGUGGACAAAGAAUGUAGAAUACACAUUCACUGGAAUUUAUACCUUUGAAUCACUUGUAAAAAUUCUUGCAAGGGGCUUCUGUUUAGAAGAUUUUACUUUUCUUCGAGACCCAUGGAAUUGGCUAGAUUUCACUGUCAUUACAUUCGCAUAUGUGACAGAGUUUGUGGACCUGGGCAAUGUCUCAGCGUUGAGAACAUUCAGAGUUCUCCGAGCAUUGAAAACAAUAUCAGUCAUUCCAGGCUUGAAGACUAUCGUGGGAGCCCUCAUUCAGUCUGUGAAGAAGCUCUCAGAUGUAAUGAUCUUGACUGUGUUUUGUCUGAGUGUAUUUGCACUAAUAGGGCUGCAGCUGUUCAUGGGCAACUUGAGGCACAAAUGCUUGCAGUGGCCUCCAGACAAUUCUACUUUGGAAAUAAAUGUUAUUUCCUACUUUAAUAGCACAAUGGGCGAAAAUGGAACAUUUGUUAAUACAACAGUGAGCACAUUUAAUUGGGAGGAAUACAUCGAGGAUAGAAGUCAUUUUUACUUUUUGGAAGGUCAAAAUGAUGCUCUGCUGUGUGGCAACAGUUCAGAUGCAGGUCAAUGUCCAGAAGGAUAUAUAUGUGUAAAAGCUGGUAGAAAUCCCAACUAUGGCUACACAAGCUUUGACACAUUCAGCUGGGCGUUUUUGUCACUCUUUCGACUGAUGACUCAGGACUUUUGGGAGAAUCUUUAUCAGCUGACGCUACGUGCUGCUGGCAAAACAUACAUGAUAUUUUUCGUUCUGGUGAUUUUCCUGGGUUCUUUCUAUCUGAUUAACUUGAUCCUGGCUGUGGUCGCCAUGGCCUAUGAAGAGCAGAAUCAAGCAACCAUGGAAGAAGCAGAGCAGAAGGAGGCAGAAUUUCAGCAGAUGCUUGAACAGCUGAAAAAACAACAAGAAGAAGCUCAGGCAGCAGCAGCAGCUGCAGUAGCAGCUGAUUCAAGAGAGUUCAGCGGAGUAGGUGGGGUAGGAGGAUUCUCUGAAAGUUCUUCUGAAGCAUCGAAGUUGAGUUCAAAGAGUGCUAAAGAGAGAAGGAACAGAAGGAAGAAGAGAAAACAGAAGGAGCAGUCUGAAGGAGAGGAGAAAGAUGAGGAAGAUUUUCACAAAUCUGGAUCAGAAGAUAGCAUCAGAAGGAAAGGUUUCCGAUUCUCCAUUGAAGGGAACAGGCUGACAUAUGAAAAGAGGUUCUCUUCUCCACAUCAGUCUUUGCUGAGCAUUCGUGGCUCCCUGUUUUCCCCAAGGCGCAGCAGCAGAACGAGUCUUUUCAGCUUCCGAGGUCGAGCAAAGGAUGUAGGAUCAGAAAAUGACUUUGCCGAUGAUGAACAUAGCACUUUUGAAGACAAUGAGAGUAGAAGAGGUUCUCUCUUUGUUCCACAUAGACAUGGUGAACGGCGCAACAGUAACAUUAGUCAGGCCAGUAGGUCAUCCAGGAUGGUACCAGUGCUUCCAGCAAAUGGGAAAAUGCACAGCACUGUAGAUUGCAAUGGAGUGGUUUCUUUAGUUGGUGGACCUCCGGCUCUCACGUCACCUGGACAGCUUCUUCCAGAGGGCACCACAACAGAAACAGAAUUAAGAAAGAGACGGACAAGUUCUUACCAUGUUUCUAUGGAUUUCCUGGCAGAGCCCAGUGCAAGGCAAAGAGCAAUGAGUUUAGCCAGCAUACUCACAAACACAAUGGAAGAACUUGAAGAAUCCAGGCAGAAAUGCCCACCAUGCUGGUAUAGAUUUGCUAACACAUGCUUGAUCUGGGAUUGCUGCACUCAAUGGUUAAAAGUAAAACAUAUUGUAAAUUUGAUUGUGAUGGAUCCAUUUGUCGAUCUUGCUAUUACUAUCUGCAUUGUUUUAAACACAUUGUUUAUGGCCAUGGAGCAUUAUCCAAUGACGGAACAGUUUAGUCACGUGCUUUCAGUAGGAAAUCUGGUCUUUACUGGGAUCUUCACAGCAGAAAUGUUUCUCAAGAUAGUUGCCAUGGAUCCUUAUUAUUAUUUCCAAGAAGGCUGGAAUAUUUUUGAUAGUAUUAUUGUGAGCCUCAGUUUAAUGGAGCUUGGUCUUGCAAAUGUGGAAGGAUUAUCUGUUCUCAGAUCAUUCAGAUUGCUUCGAGUUUUCAAGUUGGCAAAAUCUUGGCCAACACUGAAUAUGCUGAUAAAGAUUAUUGGUAACUCAGUGGGGGCUUUGGGAAAUUUGACCUUGGUGCUGGCCAUCAUUGUCUUCAUUUUUGCUGUGGUUGGUAUGCAGCUGUUUGGUAAAAGCUACAAGGAAUGUGUCUGCAAGAUCUCCAAUGACUGUGAACUUCCACGCUGGCACAUGCAUGACUUCUUCCACUCUUUCUUGAUUGUGUUCCGAGUACUAUGUGGAGAAUGGAUAGAGACUAUGUGGGAUUGUAUGGAGGUUGCGGGGCAAGCCAUGUGCCUUAUUGUUUUCAUGAUGGUCAUGGUGAUUGGAAACCUAGUGGUACUCAACCUCUUUCUGGCCUUACUGCUGAGCUCAUUUAGUUCAGACAACCUUGCGGCUACAGAUGAUGAUAAUGAAAUGAACAAUCUCCAAAUUGCAGUGGCAAGGAUUCAGAAGGGAAUAGAUUAUGUGAAAAGAAAAGCACAUGAAUUCAUCCAAAAAGCCUUUGUUAGAAAACAGAAAGCUUUAGAUGAAAUCAAGCCUCUUGAAGAUCUAAACAACAAAAAAGACAGCUGUAUUUCCAACCAUACUGUCAUAGAAAUAGGUAAAGACCUUAACUAUCUUAAGGAUAGGAAUGGAACUACCAGUGGCGUAGGCAGCAGCGUGGAAAAAUAUGUCGUCGAUGAAAGUGAUUACAUGUCAUUCAUAAACAAUCCAAGCCUCACUGUGACAGUACCAAUUGCUGUUGGGGAAUCAGAUUUUGAAAAUUUAAAUACAGAAGAGUUUAGCAGCGAGUCAGAUCUAGAGGAAAGCAAAGAGAAGCUAAAUGCAUCCAGCUCAUCUGAGGGUAGUACAGUUGAUAUUGGACUUCCUCAAGAAGGAGAACAGCCAGAGAUAGAACCUGAAGAAGCUCUUGAACCGGAAGCCUGUUUUACAGAAGGCUGUGUACGGAAGUUCAAGUGCUGUCAAGUCAGCAUAGAAGAUCGGAAAGGAAAAAUAUGGUGGAAUCUUAGGAAAACCUGCUACAAGAUAGUUGAACACAACUGGUUUGAGACCUUCAUUGUCUUCAUGAUUCUCCUCAGCAGUGGUGCUCUGGCUUUUGAAGAUAUAUACAUUGAACAGCGCAAGACUAUCAAGACCAUGCUGGAAUAUGCUGAUAAGGUCUUCACUUACAUCUUCAUUCUGGAAAUGCUUCUAAAAUGGGUUGCUUAUGGUUUUCAAACCUAUUUCACUAAUGCCUGGUGCUGGCUGGACUUCCUGAUCGUUGAUGUCUCUUUGGUUAGCUUAACAGCUAAUGCCUUGGGCUACUCAGAACUUGGUGCGAUUAAAUCCCUUAGGACAUUAAGAGCUUUGAGACCUCUAAGAGCCUUGUCACGAUUUGAAGGGAUGAGGGUCGUUGUGAAUGCCCUCUUAGGAGCAAUUCCAUCCAUUAUGAAUGUGCUUCUUGUUUGUCUUAUAUUCUGGCUAAUCUUCAGCAUCAUGGGAGUAAAUCUGUUUGCUGGCAAAUUCUACUACUGUGUUAAUACCACAAAUGAUGAGAGGUUUGAUAUCAGCCAAAUCAACAAUUAUAGUCAAUGUGAGGACCUCAUAAACAACAAUGAAACAGCCAGAUGGAAAAACGUUAAAGUAAACUUUGAUAAUGUAGGACUUGGCUAUCUUUCUCUGCUUCAAGUAGCCACAUUUAAAGGAUGGAUGGAUAUAAUGUAUGCAGCUGUGGAUUCUCGAAAUGUAUUGGAUCAGCCUAAGUAUGAGGACAACCUGUACAUGUAUCUUUACUUUGUCAUCUUUAUCAUCUUUGGAUCAUUCUUUACCCUGAAUCUUUUCAUUGGUGUCAUCAUAGAUAAUUUCAACCAGCAAAAAAAGAAGUUUGGAGGCCAAGACAUCUUUAUGACGGAAGAACAGAAGAAAUAUUACAAUGCAAUGAAAAAGCUGGGUUCAAAGAAACCACAAAAACCUAUACCUAGGCCAGCGAACAAAUUCCAAGGCAUGGUCUUUGAUUUUGUGACAAAACAAGUAUUUGACAUCAGCAUCAUGAUUCUUAUCUGCCUUAACAUGGUCACCAUGAUGGUAGAAACAGACGACCAGAGUGAUGAGAUGCAAAAUAAUUUAUGGUGGAUUAACCUUGUGUUCAUUGUCCUUUUCACUGGAGAAUGUAUUCUGAAACUGAUUUCACUUCGUUAUUACUAUUUCACCAUAGGCUGGAACAUUUUUGAUUUUGUAGUUGUCAUUCUCUCUAUAGUAGGUAUGUUUCUAGCUGACCUGAUUGAAAAAUAUUUUGUGUCCCCCACCUUGUUCAGAGUUAUCCGACUCGCCAGAAUAGGUCGAAUCCUGCGUCUCAUUAAGGGUGCUAAAGGGAUCCGCACUCUGCUUUUUGCUUUGAUGAUGUCUCUUCCUGCUUUGUUUAACAUUGGUCUCCUGCUUUUCCUGGUCAUGUUUAUCUAUGCUAUAUUUGGAAUGUCCAACUUUGCCUACGUUAAGAGGGAAGUUGGUAUUGAUGACAUGUUCAACUUUGAAACUUUUGGCAACAGCAUGAUCUGCCUAUUUCAAAUUACCACAUCAGCUGGUUGGGAUGGUUUGUUAGCACCAAUUCUGAACAGUGGAGAACCAGACUGUGACCCUUACAAAGAUCACCCAGGAAGCUCGGUUAAAGGAGACUGUGGUAACCCUUCAGUUGGGAUUUUCUUUUUUGUCAGUUAUAUUAUCAUCUCAUUUUUAAGUGAGGAUGACUUUGAGAUGUUCUAUGAGGUUUGGGAAAAGUUUGAUCCAGAUGCCACCCAGUUCAUAGAGUUCAGUAAACUGUCUGAUUUUGCAGCUUCACUGGAUCCUCCUCUUCUUUUAGCAAAACCAAACAAAGUUCAGCUUAUUGCAAUGGAUCUGCCCAUGGUGAGUGGUGACAGAAUUCACUGCCUUGACAUCUUGUUUGCUUUUACAAAGCGUGUUUUGGGGGAAAGUGGAGAAAUGGAUACACUUCGAAUACAAAUGGAAGAUCGGUUUAUGGCAGCAAAUCCUUCUAAAGUUUCCUAUGAACCGAUUACAACCACAUUAAAACGAAAACAAGAGGAAGUAUCUGCUGUCAUUAUUCAGCGAGCUUUCAGACGUUACCUUUUAAAGCAAAAACUUAAAAAAGUUUCAAGUAUGUUUAACCAAGAUAAAGAUAAAGAUGAGGAUGACCUGCCUAUCAAAGAAGAUAUGAUUAUAGAUAAGCUAAAUGAGAACUCCACUCCAGAAAAAACAGAUAUGACCCCUUCCACAACCUCUCCACCUUCCUAUGAUAGCGUAACAAAGCCAGACAAAGAGAAAUAUGAAAAAGACAAAUCAGAAAAAGAAGACAAAGAUAAAGACAUCAGGGACGGUAAAAAGUGACAAAGAAUUCCAUUGGUGACAAAUAGUUUACAUCCCGAGAAAGUGACAUAUUUGUGUCAACAAGACUCCUGUAUGAGGUCUAUGCCAAACUGACAGUUUUUACUUAUAUAAAUAUAUAUAUAAAAUGAUUAUAUAUAUAUAUAUACUUAAGGUCAGUGCCUAUAACAAGACAGUGACCCCUCGUCAUCAAACUGUGACUCUGUAAAACAGGGUAACAACCUUGACAGGAGGUUAUUGUUUUCACUACCAGCUGAUGCUGCUGAAGAGGAGACAAAAUGGCUACUCAGACUGUAGGGACCAGUUUAAAAAAAAAGGUGCAAACCUACAAUUUCUGUGUGAUUAACAAAAAACACUUGAGUACAGUAAUUGUAUCCACUGUCUGCAUUUCAACUGCUAUAUUUCCAUAUUUUUACAAAAAUUGGUGUUGGUGAAUUUAUCAUUUUUUUUUAAUUCACAGGUUGUUUCCUAUUAUCUGUGACUAUUUUUGUAAAUGGGUUUUGUGUUGGGGAAGGGGAUCUGAGGACCAGGUCUUUUAUCCUCUGAUUCUCUCUAAUGUACAGGCAGAAGUGAUUUGCAUGAAGGCAUGCUGCACUCAUUGUUCAUGCAUGGAAAACACAUGACACCAUUCGCACAAAGCAAGGGUUUUAACUAUUUCCAUGUUUCAGGGUGGCUCAAUAUUUUGAGGUGCCUACUGAAAGUAUUCAUCUUGUGUCUCAUUCAGAAAAAUCUUAAUGUGCCUGUAAAGUCCCAUAGAACCUACAAUAAUAAAACAGAUAUUUUAUUUUUUCACAAGUCAUUAAAUUAUAGUUGAUACAAACUUCUCUGAAAAAAAAUGUUGGCGAUAUAAACUUGAUUUUUUUAAGUGUUCUUCUGUGGAGAACAAAAUACUCAUUUAAUCUAACCUAGAAAAUUGAACUGACCAAAAAAGUCAACCUUUAUAAAGCUGUUUUGCUUCACCCUGCAGUAUCAUUUAGCCAUCUUCUACUCUCAGCAAGGUUGACACUGUAUGUGUCAAUCAAAUAAUACCAUCUAUGUAAAUAGUUACUUUACCAUGUGGUGCAUGUUUGAGCAAACAAAUAAUGACCUGAGCACAAUAUUUAUUGCAUCAAAUAUGUACCACGAUAAGUGUAGUUUGCAAGCUUUCAACAGAUAAUAUUAUGUAUUCUGUACCAUUAUAGAUAUUUUGGAGGCUAUCACUGAUGCAUGUUUAUCUUGCCUUUGCUGCUGUAUUUUAUUCCUUCCACUGUUCAAAAGUCUAAUAUGGGAAGCCAUAUGUCAGUGGUAAAGUGAAACAAAUUGUUCAACCAGAAAUCAUUCCUUCAUAUCAUCAAGCAAUAGUUUGCAGCUAUUAAAGAGCUUCUUGCUUUGCAUUCUUAAAUUUUAAGUGAAUACUGUACGGUGUAUAGCCAGACUGUACAGGACAUGUUUCAAACUGCUUAAUCUGUUGAAAAUACAUGGGUAGAAUUUUCUAAAAAAAUAUAAAUAUUGUAAAAAUAUCAUUUUAUUUUAUUUUUCAGCAUUUUGUACAUAAAAUCAGAAAUUAAAAUUAUCUUCAGGUUGAUGUCACAGUCACCUUUCUUACUUUCUGUCCAUAGCACUUUUUAAUCAAAGAACUUCACAAAAUAAGAGGUAAAGGAGAGAAUGAGGUAGUUUUAGGUUUCUGCUUCUUUUUAUUAGUACUGUAUUUUUGCACACAUUUUAAUGUGAAAUAAAUUUCAAAUUCAGUCCGAAAUGCACUUGCUUCCAAAUAGAUAUAACUUGUAAUUGAAAUGUGGUGGGAAAGAUUUGUUUGAAAUCCUAGCACUGCCUGCGUCAGAAGUUUCAAGGUAGUCUUUUUAUUCAUGGAAUCAUUGAUCUUUACCAGUGUUUGUUUACAUAGACUAUUCUUAUUCUUGUUGAUUCAUGCUGCACUAGAACUGUUCUAAAUAUACUAUGGGAUAGACAGUGUCUUUUUCACAAGAACUAAGUAGCAAACUUGUAUAAUUGAUCACAUCAGGACAUUUGUGUUUCUUACACAAGCAAAAAUUAAAUGUUGAUUCCUCCUUUAACUAAAACUAUUGACUUGUGUGUUGGUGAACUGCAUGCAGGAAAAUGCUAUUACCAUAAAGAACGGUAAACCACAUUACAGUUGAGCCAAAAGAAUAAAGAUUUCUUUUUUUAUUGUA